AUGGCGAAUCAAAGUCCCGAUGAUGAUCAGAACAACAACAAAGUAAAUACGACUAAAGAAGAAAGUGAUUCUACUGAGAACGAUUUGAGUGCUUACACCAAUCCUGAAACAGGUGAAAUCAAUGGACCUAGAGGCCCGGAACCCACACGCUUUGGAGACUGGGAGCGCGGUGGAAGAGUUAGCGAUUUCUAA